AUGUCUCUUUCGUUGUUCCUGUUCACCUACAACUGCGGUAAAACCACGCCAAUUGAGGCCGAAUUCGGCGAGGAUGUGGCUGGACUUAUUGGUACCGACAUGGACAACCUGCCAGACCUCUUAGCGUUUGGAUUCCAGGAAAUUUCGUCUGUUAGUGACGGAACUGAUUCCAGCGUGGUGAACGUGAAACUGUUGGCUCUUAGCAACCUUUUGCUGGACAGCCUAGCGGCCAAAAUACAAAUACCCUUUGAAGUCGUCGAUAUCAAUCAUCUUGGCAACAUUGGACUCGUGCUAGUAUCGCCGUACAAAUCGAGAUUCAAGAGAAUCAGAAGAUCAGCAAACGUGCCUUUAGGAUACUUUAUCACGAACGUGAAAGGUGCUGUUGGUCUGAGAGUGACUUACGAGCCAGACUAUGGGAAAACUGCUGAAUUGACAUUUGUGGUGGCCCAUUUGGCGGCCAACGAGGGCGUCAAAUAUCUUAUGAGAAGAAACAACGAUUUGGACAAUAUAUUCCACGGACUUAGCUUCCAGGACGGCUACGGAGUGUACAAGCCAAACACACAUUGUUUCAUAAUGGGUGACCUCAACUACAGGAAGACAGGUGCGUACCAUUUUUCAUCGGAUCAAAACCACGAACGGACAGGAAUCCAACUUGACGAGCUUAACAUCAUGAGAACAACAGGUAAAGUUCUAUGGGGGUUCAAAGAGGCACCAAUCAGAUUUCUCCCAACAUACAAGUUCAAAACAGGAACAGGCUCGUACAAUUACAAAAGAACUCCGUCUUGGUGCGAUAGAAUCUUAUAUUUGGACUAUAAAGAUUUGCAGGAAGAAAUGAUGGAAAUGGACGAAUCCAAAGAGCAAGUGAUUGAGUACAAUUCCGUGCCAUCCAUCAAGUUGUCGGAUCAUAUUCCUGUUUUCUUGAAAAUUAAGGUUCCUGUGGAAGCCCCAAUGUCGGUGAUAAACUCCAAAGGAUACCUCAUGGACAAAUUCACGCAUCUUUCCAACAACGAUGUGGACCUCAAACCUCAGAAGCGUUGGUAUUACUACCGGGAAAUCGCAAACUUCAACGACAGACUAAUGGGACUGGUGUUUUACCUGGUCUUAACGACAAAGGGCCGUAUCAUUCUGAUUGCAUGGAUGAUGAUCGCUUACUUGUUAGUUCACGGAUACCUCUUCACUAUUUAA